UCUUAAAGUUUUGUGUUGUCAUUUCGGAAUAUUGCUAAUGGCGGCUGUCGGCGGUCCAACUAGACAGUCAAGGGUGUCCAUGAGUGUCUCGAUGUCACUAGUACAGGGAGGCGCUGCUGGAGCACCGCAAGGAGCUAUAUUGGCAGCAGCAGCUCCAUUUUAUCAACCACCGGCUGUACCACAAGAUGUACAACCAGAUCGACCGAUCGGAUAUGGAGCAUUUGGUGUCGUAUGGGCUGUCACAGAUCCUCGAGAUGGUAGACGUGUUGCACUUAAGAAGCUUCCAAAUGUAUUUCAAUCGCUUGUUUCAUCCAAAAGAGUAUUCCGAGAACUCAAAAUGUUGUGCUUUUUCAAACACGAAAACGUAUUAUCAGCACUUGACAUUCUUCAACCACCUCAUCUGGACUUUUUCCAAGAAAUUUAUGUGAUAACAGAACUGCUGCAAUCAGAUCUGCAUAAAAUUAUAGUUUCACCACAGCAUUUGUCAGCCGACCACAUCAAAGUGUUUCUGUACCAGAUAUUGCGUGGACUUAAAUAUUUACAUUCGGCUAGGAUAUUGCACAGGGACAUCAAACCAGGAAAUUUGCUCGUUAACAGUAAUUGUGUUUUAAAGAUUUGUGACUUUGGAUUGGCCCGCGUUGAAGAACCAGACACCUCAAAGCAUAUGACCCAAGAGGUCGUGACACAGUACUAUCGUGCACCGGAAAUUUUAAUGGGAGCUCGUCAUUAUUCUGCCGCUGUUGAUGUAUGGUCGGUGGGAUGUAUAUUCGGUGAAUUGCUCGGCCGACGGAUACUGUUCCAGGCACAAAGUCCUGUGCAGCAAUUAGAAUUAAUUACCGAACUAUUGGGUACACCACUGCUGGCUGAUAUGCGACAUGCGUGCGAAGGAGCACGAACUCAUAUGUUACGGAGAGCACCGAAACCACCGUCACUAUCCGCUCUCUACACACUCAGUUCGCAUGCGACUCAUGAAGCUGUACAUUUACUGUGCCAGAUGUUAGUUUUUGAUCCGGACAAGAGAAUAUCGGUCACUGAUGCUCUUGCUCACCCCUACCUCGAUGAAGGAAGACUGCGAUAUCAUUCAUGUAUGUGUAAAUGUUGUUUCACAACAUCGUCAAGUAUGCGCCAAUACACUGGUGAUUUCGAACCAGCAGCUAGUCAGUUGUUUGACGAUUUGUGGGAACGAAAACUGACGUCAGUGCAGCAAGUUAAAGAGGAAAUGCACAAAUUUAUUGCCGAACAAUUACAAACCGGUCGGGUUCCAUUGUGCAUUAAUCCACAGAGUGCAGCGUUCAAAAGCUUCGCUAGCUCAAACGUUGCUCAUCCCUCCGAACUACCCGUCACCACAUCAAUGGGAAUGACAUCACAACGGGGCGAUAGCUGCCUAAAAUUUACUAAAAUCAAACCUUCAUCGACAACUAUUCAAAUGAAGGUGAAUUUACCCAUCAAAAUUCAGAAUCAACAAAGAGACAUCAAUGAAAGAAGUGUCAUCGUUUUCCACAGAUCUCAUCAAUAGUUGAAUUAAGAAAUGGACAGUGUUUCCGGUUGAUACACUUGUUCCAUCAGUGAAUAUAUUUAUUGAAAUAUUGACCAAAAAAAUAAUGUCGGAUCAUCUCAACACAAUCUGUAUUGUCUAUUUUGUGUUAAUCGUGUGAAUAUAUAUGAUAACCAUUCCGUCAUCAGACUAAAAUGCAUCUUUGCCUCCCAUUUAUUUUAAAUACUUUCAACUGAUCUAUCGAAAAUACAUGAACAACGUAAACCAUCUGCAGAUGGUGGAACGGGACAGAAAUUCUGGAUGCAUCACUUAUUAAACAGAUAGAUUUUGAAUUAAGGUCAUGGGAAGACAACAAUGUCCCAUGUGGAAUAUUAAAAACGUAAACCGCCGUUUAAUAGUUAUUAGCAGUGCUUAUUGUGUGCUCAGUGUUUUAAAGAAUUUAAACAAAGCAAAAUAAAGGAAGUUAAUUAAAAAAAUGAGAAUCCGCUUAAAUUCAUACAAGUAAAAAACGGUGGUAGGACACAAGACAAGAUAAUUAUUAUACAGCUAACGUAGACAACUUAUUUUUUGCCAAAUUUACCUCAAUUUUUUAACAAAUUUAGAGACAUAGUUAAUUAAUGAUAUAGACACCGAAGUUAAUGGAGAAGAUGAGAAAGGGUUUAAGCUUUUUUUGGGGGUGGGUAAGGAAACGAAAUGUUUAGUGUACUGAAAUUGAAAACAAAUUGUUUGUCUUCGUAAAUUUAGUUAAAAUUUUCCUUUUCUUUUGAUGAUUUUUAUAUAAUUCAGAAAAACAAAAUAUAUUUUUCUAUGAGAGCGAAAAGGAAAUGAAGAGAAAUUCUAACAAAAAAUUUGUAAAAAAAAAUGAAAAGCAAAAUUUAAAAGUCAACUUUGAAAAAUUGUGUUCAAGAUACGACAGAAAUUUAGGACAGAGUGUAGAUGUUGUGAUAAAAUAAAACGAAAAUUUAUUUGAUAGGAUUGACCAAUUUAGUAAUCCUUUCGGUAUUUAGGUUUAAAAUUCUUUUUUCUUUUAAUUUUAAAUUCAAUUUUCUAAUUUUUGUGAUUUUUGAAGCGGACGAAGAAAAGUGCAUUGAAUAGAUAACGACGUAAGCAAAUAUAAUUCUUAAAUAAUGAAAAAGCUUUCGGGUAAAUUCACCAUCAAUUCCAAUUGACCUGUUUGAGUAUUCACUGUGAUCUUUCACUCAAAUUACUUAAUCUCUACAGAUAUUCUGAAACAGAUUCUCUGAAGAAAGGGAUGAUAAUUCGGUUUCAUAUCUAAGACCGACAUGGCCGAUUUGGUUUCUCCGUUCGUAAUGUCUGAACGACUGACCGAUAAGCAAUGUUACGUGACACUACUUCUGAAACAUAAGACCCUCACGAGAGCAAACAGUCAUUGCGAAAAUAUAUCUCGACUGGAAGAGUUGCCUGAUUAUGAUCGUAUUGUCUUUGACAUACAUAGUUUCAGUUUCAAAGCCAGAAAAGUUGACAAAAUGUUGACGAAAAUUCACGCGCAAAAAAACUGUGUACCGAGGAGAAAAGAUCAAAUACUUAAGUCAAAAAUGGAGACCAUUUAACCGAAACACUGUAUAAACUGAAACUCUAACGAAAAAGACACACUGCCCAUGUUAUUUGAACCUCAUGACAUUAUUCUACUGGAAGGAAUAAAAUUGAGAAAUCUUAGUUUUGUCUUUGUAAAUAAAUUGGUGAAAAAAAGCAAUUUAGAAUUUUAUUAAAAUGUGAAACUAACUUGGAUGUGGAUAAAGUGCAAAAAGUGUUUUAUUUAAUCUUUACACAUAAAUGCAAAUAGGCUCUCGUUCAAUCAAACUCUGACAAUUUUUUCAAUUGUCUUUGAAAGAUACUGAUUAAACACGGCAAUGUCCUUAAAAUCAUUUUAAUAGUUAAACAAUGUAUAUAUCAGAAAAUUAUUCCCAUACGUAAAACAACUGAAACGCGAGGUCAUCUUAAAACUUGAUCAGAUAGCAACAAACUCGAAAGAGAAAAAAAAUAUCUUUACACUUAAGAAAGGAAAAAGAUAAGGAAAUGAGUAGUUAGAAAUAUCGAGGUCCUAGAAGGUAGUCAGGCUACAGAAGGUUAUCAGGCUCUUCAAGGUAGUCAGGCUCUUCAUGGUGGUCAGGCUCUUCAUGGUGGUCAGGCUCUUUAUGGUGGUCAGGCUCUUCAAGGUGAUCAGGCUCUUCAAGGCUAUAACUCUCAAGAAAUGCAACUCAGGAAGAACACAAUUAUAAAGGGUUUUAAUUCUCGAAGUUUGCAAUCUCAACAGUUAUCCAGGGUUCGAAAUGCAAAUGAUUGGAAGCCUUGGGGAUUUCUAAACAAAACUUUUUGAGGUGACUGUAUCUUGUAAUCGGUUUUUUUACUAAUUGACGUUAUCGAGCAGCUCGAUAUAACCGAAACGUUUUGGGAGAAUAUCGAAAAACGCUGAAUAGGAAUAGAAACGGAAACUGUUGAAAAAUGAUGAGAUUAUUGUUAUUCUUCGAUUGAAUGACUGCUGUAUUUCAUUUUGACAACAUAAAUUAUCGGAACACUAAAAAUAGAGCUUCGUGUAUAGAAAUAAAUCAACAAUUGUAUUGUUCCAUUCAAAUAUUAUUUGAUCAAAAAUAACAAAUUGAAAUUAAUUGAUGCACAAAACAUUCUUUAAAUAUUGAAAACAUGAAAAAAAAAUAAAGUAAAUAAAAUAAUGAAAAUCAACUAAAGUAAACAAGUAAAUAGACAGCAACAACAACAGAAAAAAAAGUGUAAAACAUAAAAAAUGUAAACAAAAAAUAAAUUGUGUAAAAUUUUAAAAUAUUUAAAUAUUUUUACAAUACAUACCUAUCUUGUACCUAAAUAUAGCGUGUCUUAAUUAGAAUUAUAGAAAUGAUUUUGUGUAUACACUUUGCAAAGAAAAAGAAAAUGUUCGAUCAUUUGGAACACUCAUUUGUUUCAUUCAUUUCAGUUUAUCAAUUCGCAUCACAUCUAAGUUCAUCCUGAAUUUGGAAUGUGAUGCGACGAUUACAAAAAAGUGUACAUAGAGUGUAGGCUUUCAGUUUUUCUUUUUUCCUUCUGUGCUAGUUCAGUGUAUUUUUGCGUGCACUUAUUCGUUUUUAAUUAAUCAGCCGAAUACAGUAUGAAUGUUGUAUAGUGACGCAAAAAUAAUGUUCACAAACGAUAAAUUCAUUCAAAUAUAUUCGACAAAAUUUUUCUGAAUGUUGUCUUAACCAAUUCGAUAGUUAUUCCCCGUAAAAAUACAGUUUAUAGAGAUACACAACAAAUAAACGAAAUAGAUUUCAUAGAGUAAAUAACCCGUCACUAUUUUAGUAGGUUGAAUGUGAAUUAUAUUUUACAACCAGUGAGUGGGACUUUGUUUGCUUUUGAAUUGUGUCACGAUUGUAGUAAUCGCACAAUUUGCAAACAAUAAUCGUACCCACCUGCAAUUUACUUACUCUUUUCAAAGCGGAAGUGGGACAAAAUGUCAUUCCGUCACUUUUCGUGAGAAAUUUGAAAUUAUCAACAAAAUUUCUCGCCUGCUUGACGGGAACAAAAUUUUAAUUUUCUCGCCGCUGAGAAAAGACCAAUAUAUGCGAAAUUAUUUUCAGACCUCAUUUCCGGGACGAUGUAAGAUAAUCACACUCGGUCAAUUGACGCGAGAAACAUCUGAGUUAUUCCUCUGCAGACUAGGAUAUUUAUCGCUCCUGAUGUUUGAUGAAAACGACAUCUACGACCCAUGAACUCUGGAUAAUACGGUCCUAUUUACUGCCUUGUUGAGCCAAAUCACUGAAUUAUUUGUGUGCUUCGGAGAACUUUCGAAAGCUUUGAGCUACUAUACGAUUCCUUUGGAAAAGUGAAAUAUUUCUGCAAAGUAAGCUCUCGAAAGCUCUUUAAAAGGAAAGAUACAAAUGCGAUACCAUGUUUUGGCUUAUCACGGUAAUAUAGCAAAUUGCUGGUUAACAAUAUUGAAAUAGAAGAUUUUGUAUAAUUCUCUGUUGAAAGAAUUUAGAUCAAAGGAAGUAAUAGACUUGAUAAAUAGAUGGAUACUGUUUGCAAAAGGUUACAACAACUGAUGUGAAGCUAAAAGUCAAAAUUUAGUUAGGAGAAUGGGGUCUAAAAUACUGUACAACAUUUUGCAAUGUUCAUGCAACACUUUUAAUCAAUCUUGCUACUCAAUCUAAAUGUCUAUGAUAGCAAACCUAACAAAUAUAUUACAAGAAAAACUUUGAAAAAAUUUCAAUAAAUUUUAAUGGUAAAAUUCGAAGUUAUUGCCUGUUUUCAGUCCGUGCAUGAAAGUUUAACCGUAGCGAUUAGAUGUUAAUUGAUAUAUAUUUUUGGAACCAAAUAAAAUAUGGGAAAACAAGAAAGAAUGAAAGACAAAAAGAAAUGUGUAACGCUAGGAAUAGGAAA